AAUGAUUCAAAAGAUUGUCUAAUUUAUUCAGGGUCUCCUAAAGACUUUUUAAAUAAUUAGGAAUUAUACUUUUCUUGUUAUGAUGCAAUCUAAUUUCUUCCAAACUGGAUGAGUACUAUUUAAUGACAUGAUGUCAUUUUAAUCUGUAUCAAUAGCAGAAGGCAUAAUUAAGUUUAUCAUUAGAAUUUGAGUUCCAACAAUCUUGAUUUCUUAAGUUAAAGUUUGAGUAGCACACAUAUUUUAUUCAUGUGAUUUAAAUUGUUAGUGCAUAU